AGUCACAAAGCAAACUUAUUUUCUUCAUCAUUCGACUCCCUUUUGUCACUUUUUCUUUUUUGCCACCUUUGUCUUCAUACACUUUGCGCUCUCCACCGGUUUAAAUUCACUCCAUUUCUACGUGCAAUGUUUUUAAAAGCAUCCCCGUUCGCUGUUGCUCGUUAGCGCUUUCAGUAAGGACGCAUAUGAAUCGCAUUUAAAAUCCGGCCUAGUCUUUCCUUGGAAUCCCAGAAACACCUCACAAAAUCAUGGCCAAUGCAGCUUCUAAGUGCCUAUUCUUGUUCUUCCUCUCUCUCCUCUCUUGCUGUUCAUCAGGAACCCUGGUGGGUUUCUCAUAUCAUGCAAGUGGAAACACUGCAGUUUCAUCACCUGGAAGGACAUUAUCAUUCCUGAAGCAAAACAAGAUCAACCCGUCUCAGAUUCGAGUCUUUGUCGAAGAUCCUAGGGCCUUAAGUACUCUGUCCAAAACCGGUGUAGCUGUUGAUCUCUACUUGAAUGAGAGGCAGGUCGAAAACAUAAUCAGCUCCGAAUCUUCCUCAAAAUCAUGGUUGAAAACGCACAUAAUGCCUUUUAUCUCGCAAGUAGACAUCAAAAGCAUCGUAGCAAUUAAAGGCAAUGAUUAUACAAGAAAAUCUAGUCUGCCUAGGGUUUUAUCCAGCCUCAAAACCCUACACGCUGUCCUCACUAGUCCUCCCUUCGACCGAAGAAUUAAGGUGUCAGUGGCAUUUUCUUUGUCAUUUCUUGAGAAUUUGAGAAGCGGAAAUGAAAGAGACCUGCAUGGUAUCUGUAGUUUUAUCAAUGAAGUGAGAUCCGUCGUUAUAGAAGCAAAUAUCGACAAAGAAUUUAGCAUGGGCGACAAAUUUGUUCGGUCAAUGAUCGAAAAAGCAGGCCUUGCUCAUUCCGUUCUGACUUGUAGUGAAGUCCCAAUGGUUUUGACAAUCAAAAGUCCAGCAGUUCCCAAUACAACUGAAGUGGCUCAAUUCGCCGACAAGGUUUCAAAAGCUCUAGAAAACGAGACUCAGAUUGCAAGUAGGUUAGUAGGGUUAUAUGCAGAAGUAGAUUGCAUGGAAAAUUUUGGACAGAAAGAGCUCAAAAGAGAAGAGGAACAGAUAUUUCCUUCUUCCAGCAGAGAACUCCUAAGCGAUCUCCACCCGAAAACAACUUCACAUGAUGUAUAUGGCUCACCAACAAUCUUCCCUACAAAUUCAACACCACCACUACCAACAACUUCUCCAUACAACUCCUCCCCAAACAAUGUCAGUACUGUCCCCGCUACAAACCCGGUAACAAUAACUCCGGUUAACCCUGCCACCCCCGUGGAAGUUUCCUCCGCCACACCUCCUCCCUCAAACCCUGUGAGUCCACCAUUGCCAGUUACCAAUCCAGCCACAGCCCCACCAACUACUAACCCUGCGACAACUUACCCACCGCCACCUGGUGGUGUUCCCUCCACAACACCACCCGUCACGAAUCCGGUCACACCUCCCGCAACUUCUAAUGCUCCUGCAGUUCCAGGGCAGAGCUGGUGUGUGGCAAAGAGUGGAGCACCACAAGCAGCACUUCAGGCAGCUUUGGAUUAUGCAUGUGGAAUGGGAGGUGUAGAUUGCUCACAGAUCCAGCAGGGUGGGAGCUGUUACGAUCCAAAUUCUCUACAGAAUCAUGCCUCUUAUGCAUUCAACAGCUACUAUCAGAAGCAUCCUGUGUCAUCUAGCUGUGACUUUGGUGGGGUUGCCACAAUGGUUUCUGCUAAUCCAAGCACUGGUUCCUGCAUUUAUGCAUCAUCAUCAUCAUCCUCAACCCCAACAACACCAACUUCGAAUCAGACAACAACGAAUCCACCACCACCAUCGACAAUUCCACCACCAACGUCACCAACUUCGAAUCAGACAACAACGAAUCCACCACCACCAUCAACAAUUCCGCCACCACCAUCGACAAUUCCACCACCAACGUCACCAACUCCGAAUCAGACAACUACAAAUCCACCACCACCAUCAACAAUUCCACCACCAACAUCGAGAAUUCCACCACCAUCGUCACCAACUACGAAUCCACCACCACCAUCAACAAUUCCACCACCAACAUCGACAAUUCCACCACCAACGUCAACAACUCCGCCACCAACACCAACUCGUAAUCAGACAACAACCAAUCCACCGCCAACGUCAACAACUCCACCACCAACAUCGACAAUUCCACCACCAACGUCGGCUCCAACGCCAGCAAUCACAUCAUUUCCACCACCAGGGGAAGGUGUAUUUGGGUAUGUAGGUGUAUUUGGCUCCGGUACUCCGCCUUCGGGUUUGAACUCAAGCAACCCGACUCCUUCAGGAACCAUGCCAGAAUUUGAGCCCGACAGCCCUCCCGGCUUCAACACAUCAAUAUCCACUUCAGCAAGCUUGCAACCGUCUUUUGGUUGCAUCUUUUUCGGAACAGCCUUAGUUACAAGAAAUAUGUUUCUCAACAUGUGAAAACGGAAUUUCUCCAUGUAACUCAAUGAGUGAUCAGAUUCCUCACAAACUCGUUUUCUCAUCAAAAUCGCGGUUGUACGUAACUACAUAUGCAAGAAACGAAGGUAGAGGACACAUGAUAGGUACUGUCUUGCACUAGGUUGGGGAUGCAGAGAUGGUUCUGGGUGAAGUGGAGGUAAGCUUUUCGACGUCUAAACCCAGGCUGCUAUAGAAACAACAAUUUUACUCUUGAGGUGGGGAGUUGCAAUGGAGAUUUGUGAUCUUGUAUAUCUUUUAGUUGGGUAUUCUAGUUCUUUGUACUGAGUUGUUACUAAUAGAAUUGAAGAUUGCUUCAUAUAUUUA